UGGCAAGACCUAGCCCGGGCUCUCCGCACGACCCCAUCUCUCGACGCCGCCGCCUCCUCUCCUUUCCCUUGAUUCUCCUCGCGCCGCCACCUCUCCUCUCCCUCGAUUUUCCUCGUGCCGCCACCCUCGUUCUGCCUCCGCGUCUGCUCCGAGCCCCUCCUCUUGCCCGUGUCGCCGGCCUCCUCCCUUGCGUAUCUCCCCGCCGGUCGUUGCUGCAAGUCUGCGCCUCCCCACGGCCCAGACAGCAAGGGGGGCGGGCGGCGCCGCGAGGUCUCGUCCCGAGGAAGCAGCAGUAGGACGAGCACAAUCCGGACAAAGUCGAUGAGGUCGUCGGCGCCUCCUCCGCUCCGGGAUCGAACGGGCUGGUGGACAGCUGCGCGGCCCUACGCCCUCCUCGACCGAGGGCCGCCGCCAUCGACAUUGUGCAGGCGCGGUUGUAGUGGCCGGACAAGAUGAAGAGAAGCUGCAGCGGCCAGCUGCAAGGUGGCCUCGCCGGAAGAGAGCGCCGAUGGCCGUGGACGACACGGAACCCUCUUCUUCGCCAGCACUAGCGGCGUCAGGAGCGGUGAAGGCCAGCAGCUGCGGACGCCGUACGACCACGGCCCGGCACAGGCAGCCAUCUCCGGCCAUGUCACGCCCAGCCCUGCAACACCACGUCAGCAGGGCAUCGAGUUCAAUGGCGAUGAUUGUCUCAAGGUUGGAGCUGGAGUCCAACUCUGAGCUCCAGGGGAGCGACCAGCUCGUGGUCGUGGUGUCUAAUUGCUGCAGAUGCUGCAUUGCAUUCUAUUGUGGGAGAACAAGAAGGAACUGCAGACCAAAUUGGAAGACAACAGUCCAGCCUUGUAGGCUACCAUGGAGCAAGUGGUUGUUAUGUGAGUACCAAAUUUCUGGUUGUUCAUCGAUUGCUGGUCUUAUUCAUGUUUCUGAGCUUCGCCCAUCAUCGCCAUCAAGAAAUUGCACUGGUCAGUUGAUCAUCGAGUUUGGUUCGCCGUUUUAUCUGCUCAGUGUGUUGUCUCUGCAGUCCAGUGAGGAAGUGAGUGUUGUCUUCAUGACUAAUGGUGAAGCAGUGACAUUAAAAGUUUCACAGCCAUCUGUGAAAGCAUCAAUGGCAACCACUGCGUGUUCAACUAAAUCUGCAAGUUUCAACAGGCUUUACAGGGCAUGACCUACAAACAUGUGCACUCCCUUCUUCUUUGCCGGAAUAAUGUCAUACUACUUCAUCUUACUUGUGGCCUAUGUUAUAUCUAUUGAUGACAGGGGCUGUUUGGUUUGUUACCACGUCCGCCCUGCCAAAUCCUGGGCGCUGUGUUGGCACGCCAAAAUAUUGGCGAGGCAUUCGGCCGCCAGCGUUUCUGCCAACGAUUUGGCGCAAAAGCAGCGGGAGGGAGCUGAGGCGGGCCGGCGCACCAAAAUUUUGGAGGCGAUCCAAACGGCCAACCGAAGCCUGGUCAACGACCGAUGUUUUGGCUGGGUUCGCUAUAGAGAAGUACCUCCAGAAGUGCAUUAACCUAGAACAUGAUGCAUUGCCAAUCAAGCUUGCAGACGGCAAGGUCUCUGUCAUGUCUCGCCAUCACAGGGAAUGACAACAGGACCUUCUAUCACAACGAACUGGUCAGUUCCGUCAUCACAAACAUACAUGAGGUGACACCUGGGCCUUCUACUUCAGACGCAAGACAAGGCGUAUCGUCAACGAUCCCGCCUAUCGCUUAUAAAUAUAAUCCAUGUAUAUCGUGCUCUUGUAUAUUGAACCUUCUACCUCUGUCCCUUGCUUUACUUCUGAUCAUCUAGACAUCAACAUGGUACCUGUGUUCGUAUGUGUUCAUCACCGUGAUUAAUAUCCUCCCUUUCACUCC